AUGCCCGAACCAGAUGAUGGCCUAGAGUCUUCACCUCUCCUACAGGCGUCUGAUGAAGAUGCAGAGGAGAGAGAACAACCGAAAGCAGAUAAUCUCAAAUGGAGCAAAGUUGCUAUUCAAAAUGCCCUUUUGGCGGCAACUUUUCUCGUCCUAUAUGCAUUCGCCGACAUCUUGAGAUAUAUAUCAACAGUUCGUCUUGUCGAACUUGGCAUUUGCCGUGAGCAUUUUCUCCAAAGCGACCCUCAAUCUGAAGAACAUUAUCGCAACAUUCCAGAGCAUCUCUGCAAGUUGCCAAGCAUUCAGCAGCGGCUCGCACACCUACGUGGCUACCUGGCAGCUUUAGAAGCCAUUGUUGGUCUAGUCUUUACACUCCCAUACGGCCUACUUGUUGACCGCCUUGGAGAGCGUCUGGUUGCUGGGAUCAACGUUAUAGGAUAUUUGCUCUCCUGCGCAUGGAUUACCGUGGUUUGCUACUACUGGCAGUUUUUCCCCAUAUGGAGCGCCGUGCUGGCGCCACUAUUCAGGAUAAUUGGUGGCGGAUCACCGAUUCUCUCAUCAGUCAUAUACUCAAUUGCGGCGAAAAGUACUCCGGAUUCCAGCAGAGCUCAGUGUUUCUUUUUUUUCAUGGCUGCACAACUCCUGACCGAAAUCUUAUCAAUCAUGGUAGCGGCGCAAUUACUUGACCACAAUCUUCUGUUUACGCCCAUGAUCAUUAAUUUUCCGGUCGGCCUUUUAUGCCUUGCCACGCUUUUUAUCAUCCGCCCCUGCGCGACUCAUCCUGCCGGUCCACUACCAAGAGAUAGGUACGAGUCAGCCAGAGGAUCAGCAGCAAAGGUUCUUGGGUCUAUUCGAGGUAGCAGCCACGUUCUUUCGGAACUUUUGAAAGACCGUAAUGUUGUUGCACUACUUGCUACAGUCCCUGUGGCCAAGCUCGUGAACCCUGUUACCGAACUAAUGCUUCAGUAUAUUCCUAAAAGGUUUGGCCUAUCGCUUGCAUCGGCUAGUCGAGCCUUGUCCAUUCAAGCAAUCGAAAGCUUGAUCCUUCUCGUCGUCAUUCUACCAAUCCUGAAGAAAGUCUUCGAAGUCAGGCUCCAUAUUGUAUCUGCAAAAGCGGAUCUAUUCAUUGCUCAGUAUGGUUUUUUGUUCAUGAGCGCAGGCUGCAUCCUUAUGGCGUUAUCUCAAUCAUUGGGGGCCUUUAUUUCAGGGCUUCUCGUAUUCACACUUGGUUGCAGCACACGGCCAGCUCUACAGUCUAUAAUAACCGAUCUAGUUAAACGAUCAGCCGCUGGUGCGUUUAUACUCAACCGAUCCUUUGCAGUUGCCAUUGGGUGGGAUAAUAAGUUGUAUCUCGGGCUACCAUUCGUUAUCGGCAUGGCGUGCUAUAUCCUUGGCUUCGCGGGGUCCAUGCUCGUUGGGGGCGAUGCGCUUCUAUGA